UUCCUUGUUCCAGGUGGGCCACACAUUGCUUUCCAUCCUACUGCUGAAUUUAGUAAUACAGCCUGGUCAAACUGCAGUGUAUAGCAGAUCAGACAGCACACAUACAUACCCCCUCUCAGUCUCUUUGGAAGCUGCUGUCAGCUCCCUGUGACUUGGACUGGACAAUGGCUUCUUCCGAGUUCUGGGCAAUCGACUAUGAGAUUUAUGGGGAAGUCCAAGGUGUCUUCUUUAGAAAGUACACCGAAGAACAAGGGAGAAAACUAGGAUUGGUUGGCUGGGUGAAGAAUACAGCCAGUGGGACUGUGACCGGACAGGUGCAGGGCCCAAAGGAGAAAGUGGAGAUUAUGAAGAACUGGCUACGCAGCAUCGGAAGCCCCAUGUCUCGCAUUGAUCAGGCUGUGUUCUCAAAUGAGAGGCAGAUCACUGCUCUGGAGUUCCAGUCCUUCACCACCAAAUAUUAAAGGCAGCUGGCUGGAUGGGAUAGGGCUGUGUCUAAGUACUACAAGGGCUUUUCUACUUUAAAGGAAGUAUCACCUUCUCCCUCAACAACAAGUUUGCUACUGACAUUAGUAUGUGCUUUAGACCUAUGGCACUUCCAGGACUGAUUCUUCCAGGUUGCUAGUGAACUGGAAAGCACCUACUGCAGCACUGCCCUUAAACAUCCUCUAAAACAACUUUUAGUGUUUUUUUUACUGUUCUUUUUCCGCUUUUUUAUAAUUUGUAAAAAGGUAGUAAGGGAAAGAACUAAAGGUGGAAGGAAAUGUGUUCUCCAAAAUCUUCUCUUUCCCAAUGUGUUCAUGAACAUACUGGGCAGUUAUCUUUUAAGCAAACAUAUAAAGAAAAUUUUCCUACUGAAA